CUGGCUACAGUAUGGAGGUGGAAGAAGAGAAUGGAGGUGCCUUGCUGCCACUGCACAACCUUCAGCACCAUCCCUUCUAAUCAAGGAAAACUGAGUUACACAGGAACAUUGCAGUGACACAAAACUGGGCAUAUGCACCACCGUCUGGUAUAUGAACAGAGUGCGAGGUGAUAAAAAUACAUGAUGACCCUGCCACCAUAAAAAUUUAUCCAGCGCCGCCUGCUCAAGAUGCUGAUUAGGCAAUGCCUAAAGACAGUGUUGUCAAGACAGUGGAGGACAGGCAGGUUUCAGGACGAGGCAGCAGCUGUCUCCCUGUGAGACAGGGAAGUAGGAAGGGCUCAGGGCAGGUGUCACUGCUUUGUCAAGACUCACUGCAAAACAAUUGGACAAAAUGCUUAAGGCCCCUUCCAUCAAAUCACUAAGCCCUGCCCACAUUCCAAAGUGACAGGGAGUUUCGCCCCGCCCUGCCCACUCCUCCUCCCGACCCCAUAGAGAUCCACAAGAGGAAGCUGCUGAUGUGGUUUAACCACCUUCCUAAAGAGGAGGAACAGUUUGGAUGUCUCUUUAGUUCAGAGACCAUGCAUGUUGCUCCGCUUAUUAUAGAGAGAAGAGAUGAGGAGAGGGCGGCUUUAGUUCAGAGACCAUGCAUGUUGCUCCGCUUAUUAUAGAGAGAAGAGAUGAGGAGAGGGCGGGACUUCUCCAAUCACCUUUCCAAACUCAGAUCUCCUCUAGCCAUUCUCUGACUGAAGAACAGCUUUUUGAGCCUACCAAUACCUGGAGUGAAGGUCGUGGACUCAAUGUGCUGCUUGUAUGGUGCUGUGGGACUGGGAAGGCUACAUAGUUCGAAAGCUGGUGCUGGACUGGUGUAAAGGAACCACAAUGACUCGGUUCAAGCUGCUUGUUCCUUUCUCAUGUGAAGACCUCAACCAGCUCUCAAAGGUGGUUUCUUUAAGAGAUCUGGUUGGCAGGAAGUAUCUUCAUUUGAAAAAACAUCCAUUACUCAAUGGGGAAAGAGACCAGGCCAAGGAUGUGCUUUUCCUCUUCAAUGGAAUGGAGAAGAUGCAACUAGACUUCCGGAUUGGGUCCUCUGAACUUUGCAGUGAUCCUAAUGAGCCUCUUCCAUCACAUGUAAUCAUUGUGAACUUGCUUAGGAAAUAUCUACUACCUGAGGCCAGUAUCUUGAUGGUCACCAGACUGUCUGCUGUGGAAUACAUCCCUCAGAAGUAUGUGAGUCGUUACGCACAGAUUUGUGGAUUCAGUGACCCAGAUCGGCAGCGUGCAUACUUUACCAGCCGCCUACUGCAGAGUGAAGAAGCAGCACACAACAAAGAGGCCCAGACACUGAUAGAGCUUCUUUACCUCAACCUGCAGAGUGAAAGCCAGCUGGCUGCUGCUUGCUUUCUACCCUCUUACUGUUGGCUCACAUGUGCUACUUUACACCUUCUUCAUUUUACCAGUGCUCAGGCACCCAUUCGCACACUGACGGGUAUAUAUACUAGUUUUUUUAGGCUUAACUUUGGGGGGGAGGUGCUGGGCACAAAAACCGGCACGAGUGUAUCCACUCAGGACAAUCACAGUUCUUUAAUGAUGUAUGUUGUCCGUACAGUUGGCAAACUUGCGUUUGAUGGUGUGAUGAACAAACGUACAUCUUUCUCGGACAAGGAACUGGAACAGUGGAUUGGUGGUAAAAUGAAGACCGAUGAGGAGCUUCAUCAGCUGGCCAUGUUCCAAACGGAUGUGCUAGACUUCUUCCUAGCUCCAUGUGUAAAGAGUGGAAAACAUUUAUCAAAAGAACUCUUUGAAAAUGAUGACAAGCAAUAUGUCUUUGCUGUCCCAGCUAUGCAGGAGUACCUAGCAGCUCUCUAUGUGGUAUUGGGAGAAAACAAAUCAGCUUUAGAGAAGCUAACCAGCCAAAUGUCUGUAGCCAUUGGUCAAGCAAGUGAGGAUGUAAGUGCUCUCGUAAACAUCCUUUCUAAGUUUGUUCCACUCCGGCUCUUUGCUAUAUUCAACCUGCUUAAGCUUGUUCCAAAACUCUAUGAGAAAAUGAGAAGUCGGAACAAAGGAAAAAUUGCCAGAACAAUGGCAGCUGAGAUGUUCCGCACAGAGGACAGCUAUAAUGAGGAUGUCCUGGAUCAAGUGGAGCAAAGCCUUUUGGGAGUCCAUGGCCCGCAGCCGCAAAAGUAUGAUGGCAGCCAACCUUUUGAGCUUUACCCCAUCUUCAUGGGAGGAUUGUUACAAUAUAGUAACCGGGUACUUCUUAAGCAACUAGACUGCAACAUUCAAAGCACCACAGUUGUUCAGAUAACACGAGCCCUCAGGAAGUACCUUGUCAGAGAGCUAAGCAAGCCCCAGCCACCAGAGGAGCUAAUGGAUCUGCUAGUCCUUCUGUAUGAGUUUCAGAAUCCCAGACUGACUGAGGAGGUCCUAUCCUCAAUCAAAAGCAUUCGUCUAACCAACAUUCGGAUGACGUCACUCAAAUGCUUCAUAUUGAGCUCUGUGCUUUCAUGCACCUCUUCAAGUUAUCACCUAAAAGAGCUGGACCUGUCAUCCUGUUUCCUGACUUGUAAUAUGCUGGAGAUGCUUGGGCCGGCUUUAAGACAUUCACACAUCCUCAAUCUGCAGUUUAACAACUUGGGUCCUGAUUCAUGCAUCCUUCUGAGAGACCUGCUUCUAGAUCCUAAGACCUGUCUUAGUUCUCUACAGCUCUGUGAUAACCCACUGUUGGACUCUGGAAUCAGCAUCAUGUUGGACGCCCUACCAGAAAACCAGUCCCUGGUGUACCUAUCCCUGAUGCACACUGGGUUGGGGGACAUAGGAGCUCUAGAGUUGGCUGAAAGGCUUCAGCAGCACACAGGGCUCCAGGAGCUCAAUGUAGCCUAUAACAUUAUCAGCGACAAGGCAGCUGCGACUCUGGUUGAUGCCUGCAGGGAGCAUCCCAGCAUUCACACUGUACACUUGUAUUUUAAUCCUAUUACUGAUGAGGGAAAGCAGUCUUUGUAUGGCCGGGGGGUACCAAUUAACGAAGGUAGCAACCGGCGGGUCAAAGUCCUGGCUUCUGUCACUGAAGGAUCAGACAUCUCUGAAGACUGGCACCCUAUACUCAAAGUGAUUCAAGAGAAUGCAUCAUCCUGGGACCGUAAACGUGUGAAGCAGCAGCUUAAGGUUUUCCUCCAGGAUCUGGAGUGGGGACGUAAGAUGCAACAGAGCUUCUGGAAGAGGCUUCACUUUCGCAAAGUGCAGAAAAGUGUCCAGGCAACUUUACAGAUUUUAGAGAAGGACUCUUCUUCCAAAGAGGCAAAAUAAACCUGAGAAAGAUUCAAAAGAGAAAAAUCUAUUUUGACAUUUAAAUCUGUAUCAUUAUGGAAUAAGGUAGAGAUGCCCCUUAUUGUCCCUCAAAUAGGAAAUUCAGGAAUACCAACAGCAAAGUUAAUGAUGAAUCAAAGCAUGCAGAUUUACACAAGAGCAAAAAUCUAAAACUGAAAAUUACAAGAAGACACUGCACAGUAAGGGCACAUUCUGCUCUGUCUCUCAGUGGAGGCGGUCACUUUUUCCUGCUGCUGCUCCCUAUCUCCCUGCUGUCCCUGCUUUUGCUGUCUUGUCUUUCUGAGCCCUCUCUUCAUAUCACCCAAAUUCUGAAACAAUGGAUCUGGUCUGCUGGUCUCUCAAUGCAAUUGAUGAAUUUUUUUCGAAGGGAACGCAAAGUAAAGGGGACCCAUCCUGUCCUGAAGGGACACACUUCUUGGGAUACACCCUAGAUUCUUGGAACAGGUGGAAAAUGGUGUGUUUUUCGAUUUUGUCAGUCGAGGACGUUGAAGACGUAUACAUGUUUGCUUUCAUGAUACUCGGAUUUCUUCUAUUUGGAUUUGGAGGAUAGCUGAUGUAUCUACAAUUACAGAGGAUGCCGGUGGCAAUUAUGGCCAUGAUCAGGCUGCCGGCCCCAUUUGAUGAGCUCACAAAGGCUGUGAACAAGCAGAACCGUAACCUGGAUGAGCAGAGCUGCAAGCAGGGUGUGAUGGAACACAGGCUGACUGCGGUGGUUGAACUCGGAGGUGAGAUGGGAUAAAAUUCAAAGCGGAAAAGCCCAACAAAUUCGGAAUAUUGGAUUUUCCACAUGGAGCCCAGAGACAUAGACUUCAAGGCUGACAGAAAAUUUGUGCAGCUUGCUCUCAAAACAAAAAGUGCAUUUUGUGUUUGCCUCCCCCCCCCCCUUAUCAAAACUCCCCUGGAUUUUAUGGUGGAAGGGCCCAGAACUGCUGCCUCCACCCUCCCCCUGUGGACACCCGUGGAUGCGUUCAGAAGUGUGACGCUGUUGAUCAACUUUCCAUCAUAUCAAGGACAAUGGCCUCUGGAAAGCGUUCAUGAACAAAUUGCACACACUCACACACAAUUUUACAUGGACUCACAUGUGACAUCCAAGCCUCCAAUGUAACCCUCUGCUGGAACGUUGUCUCGUCAUAUGUGCUUUACUUGUGCAAAUUUUUUUUUCAUAUCUCAAACUGUACCCUAUAAAGAAUAAAGUAUGAAAUAUGCUUUUGUUCCCCUCUCCGUCCCCAAAUCUGGCUCCUAUCUUUCCAGAGUUAUAGGCAGCGCCCUAAGGAAACCGCAUCAAGGCUGGGUCCUUGGCAGUUAAGGAAUGCGCCUAAAGGCUGCGUUCUUUUGGUAUCAGUCAACCGUUCCCCUGCCCAGCCCCCCCCCCCCCCGAGCCCCAAAUGUAUGUGAAGGACAGUUGUACUGAAACUGUAAUUUCGAUUACAAUGCAAAUAAGUAGUUGACAAAGAUAGAUUCCUAUCAGCUGUAGAUGAGAAUAAGAAUUCCUUUAUUGUCAUGCAAUGGGGAAAUUCGAGUGUGACAGUGGCAUACACACAGACAGUUACUCACAAUUAUUAGCAAUGAAAAAGAAGAAACAAAUAACAAACUAGUCUAACUUAAAAUUUGCUGUAAAGAAACACUAAGAGUAGAAGAUUAAAAAGUACAUAGCAGAGUAAAAAAAUAUUGCACAGUGGGAAAAAAAAUUAACAGCGGAAGAGCCUAUUUACAUAACACACAAAACUACAAAAUGCAAUGUGCAUGAUAGUGCAGAAACCUCCAGAGGUAGCUAAGGCAUGUGCAAGUUACCUUAACAUUUGGGGAGAGAGUAAACGAUAAAUGACCCUUCACAAAGUUAGAGCAGCAUAUUUUUCAUUAUUACAGGAGAAAAUACAGUUGCCAAACUUACCCAGAGUCAUAGCUCUGUUGAUUCAUCCAU